AUGGGCACAAGAUCCUUUAUAAACGAUAUUGAUACCUCACAUAUUAGCUUGGGCUGUGAUGGUAUUGAUAUUCCUAUUGUCUUCAGCGUCCGUAAUCUUGGUGUCAUCAUGGACUCCAAGUUGACCUUCGAGGAUCAUGUCAAGCAUGUAACCAAUAAAGUGAAUACAUCUCUGUAUAAGCUAUACAACCUGCGUCACAUUACUAAUACGAAUAUGUGCAAAACAUUAGUAAAUGCGCUUAUACAGCCACACAUCAACUACUGCUCAGCAGUAAUAUACGGCCUGGGCUCUGUACUCGAUGGUAAGUUUCAACGUCUUGCCAAUAAAGGUAUUCGCUUCGUGCCGGGCCUGCCCUGGGAUGCCCAUAUAACGCAGGCCAGAAAAGACCUAAACUGGCUUACUGUCCGCAAAACUAGAGCUCGAAGUAUGCUGAACAUCACCUGGGCGGCGAUCCACGAACAUACUCCUUCGUAUCUUGCUGAACUUAUAUCUGUAUACACAGCCGCUCGUGUACUGCGUAAUCAAAGUGCUGCAAUUACUUUGACUGUUCCAAAUCACCGGACGAGCUCAUACAAAGCGGCCUUUGCGGUAACAGCACCUUAUCUCUGGAACAGCCUGCCUGACGACGUUAAACUUGCACCUGAUUUCUCUACUUUCAAGUCAAAUUUGUUUACUUGGGUAUUUAAUUCAGACGACGAUGACUUAGUGACUUGA